AUGAGCCUGGCCGUUGUCCAGGGAGCCAGCCAGCAGCUGGCGGAACAUCGGGACAUGUCCCAAAACUCAGAUGAGGCAAUGGCACUAAUGGCAUCUGUGUGGACUGGGGACACUGAGUCUCCUGUGUGUGGAGACCAUCAAGGAGAGGCUGAAACAGCCAUUGUCUUGCCAGAAACACAGAGAGAGGAAGUGGCAGCUUCAUGGCCUGAGAUGCCUGUGCCAGAGGCUGGAGCAUGCCACUCUGCCCCAGAAGCAGCCAACGAAGGAGAAGCAGGAGCUUCUGCCUUUGAUCGUGAAUCUGGGCACCCGGUGAGCGAGGCACAUAUGGCUGGCACCGGAGAUACUGUGGAGAUUCAAGCAGGAGUCUCGCAUGGGCUACCUGUGGCAGAGAGAUUCCUGCUGCUCCCUAUGCCAGAGCCUCUGGAGGAGCCGGAGAGGAGCAGCAUGGCCCACACCAGUCACAGGCUCGACAUGCAAAGGAGAGCCAGCCUGCCUUGGCUGCUGGGCAGCUCUGUGGAAAGGGAGCUCCAGCAGCAGGAGGGCCAGAGGCCUCGUUUCGCCUUGCGGCGGGGACGGAUGCCCAGUCACAGGCAGGUGACGCCAGGGACCUUGGGCGAGGAAGCUGACGAUGAGGAGUUGGACGGAAAGGAAGAAGAGGAAUGGGAAGAGGCCAUGGACAAAGAGCUUUCUGAAGUGGAAGAGAUCACCAUACGCAACCUCUGGGUCAACCUCUCAGUCCCAGACCACUUCCAGGACACCCAUGCAGAUCCCCAGGAGGGAUCCAGCUGCCCCACCAGCAUGGGCAUGGACGCAACAGGAGAGGGAACCAGCCAACAGCUGGUGGAGUAUCAGGACAUGACCCAAAUCCUGAAAGAAACGGCCAGGACCAUCUCUGAAGAGGUCCUGAUCAUGAGCCUGGCCGUUGUCCAGGGAGCCAGCCAGCAGCUGGCGGAACAUCGGGACAUGUCCCAAAACUCAGAUGAGGCAAUGGCACUAAUGGCAUCUGUGUGGACUGGGGACACUGAGUCUCCUGUGUGUGGAGACCAUCAAGGAGAGGCUGAAACAGCCAUUGUCUUGCCAGAAACACAGAGAGAGGAAGUGGCAGCUUCAUGGCCUGAGAUGCCUGUGCCAGAGGCUGGAGCAUGCCACUCUGCCCCAGAAGCAGCCAACGAAGGAGAAGCAGGAGCUUCUGCCUUUGAUCGUGAAUCUGGGCACCCGGUGAGCGAGGCACAUAUGGCUGGCACCGGAGAUACUGUGGAGAUUCAAGCAGGAGUCUCGCAUGGGCUACCUGUGGCAGAGAGAUUCCUGCUGCUCCCUAUGCCAGAGCCUCUGGAGGAGCCGGAGAGGAGCAGCAUGGCCCACACCAGUCACAGGCUCGACAUGCAAAGGAGAGCCAGCCUGCCUUGGCUGCUGGGCAGCUCUGUGGAAAGGGAGCUCCAGCAGCAGGAGGGCCAGAGGCCUCGUUUCGCCUUGCGGCGGGGACGGAUGCCCAGUCACAGGCAGGUGACGCCAGGGACCUUGGGCGAGGAAGCUGACGAUGAGGAGUUGGACGGAAAGGAAGAAGAGGAAUGGGAAGAGGCCAUGGACAAAGAGCUUUCUGAAGUGGAAGAGAUCACCAUACGCAACCUCUGGGUCAACCUCUCAGUCCCAGACCACUUCCAGGACACCCAUGCAGAUCCCCAGGAGGGAUCCAGCUGCCCCACCAGCAUGGGCAUGGACGCAACAGGAGAGGGAACCAGCCAACAGCUGGUGGAGUAUCAGGACAUGACCCAAAUCCUGAAAGAAACGGCCAGGACCAUCUCUGAAGAGGUCCUGAUCAUGAGCCUGGCCGUUGUCCAGGGAGCCAGCCAGCAGCUGGCGGAACAUCGGGACAUGUCCCAAAACUCAGAUGAGGCAAUGGCACUAAUGGCAUCUGUGUGGACUGGGGACACUGAGUCUCCUGUGUGUGGAGACCAUCAAGGAGAGGCUGAAACAGCCAUUGUCUUGCCAGAAACACAGAGAGAGGAAGUGGCAGCUUCAUGGCCUGAGAUGCCUGUGCCAGAGGCUGGAGCAUGCCACUCUGCCCCAGAAGCAGCCAACGAAGGAGAAGCAGGAGCUUCUGCCUUUGAUCGUGAAUCUGGGCACCCGGUGAGCGAGGCACAUAUGGCUGGCACCGGAGAUACUGUGGAGAUUCAAGCAGGAGUCUCGCAUGGGCUACCUGUGGCAGAGAGAUUCCUGCUGCUCCCUAUGCCAGAGCCUCUGGAGGAGCCGGAGAGGAGCAGCAUGGCCCACACCAGUCACAGGCUCGACAUGCAAAGGAGAGCCAGCCUGCCUUGGCUGCUGGGCAGCUCUGUGGAAAGGGAGCUCCAGCAGCAGGAGGGCCAGAGGCCUCGUUUCGCCUUGCGGCGGGGACGGAUGCCCAGUCACAGGCAGGUGACGCCAGGGACCUUGGGCGAGGAAGCUGACGAUGAGGAGUUGGACGGAAAGGAAGAAGAGGAAUGGGAAGAGGCCAUGGACAAAGAGCUUUCUGAAGUGGAAGAGAUCACCAUACGCAACCUCUGGGUCAACCUCUCAGUCCCAGACCACUUCCAGGACACCCAUGCAGAUCCCCAGGAGGGAUCCAGCUGCCCCACCAGCAUGGGCAUGGACGCAACAGGAGAGGGAACCAGCCAACAGCUGGUGGAGUAUCAGGACAUGACCCAAAUCCUGAGUAACAAAGAGUAA